AUGUCAUCAUCAAAAGACCUUUUAAAGGAUAGCAUCACAACCGUGGAGGUGAACUCAAGGAGUAAUAGUGAUGCUUCAGAGGAUCAACUCCUGUCUCCUAUCCACUCUCAAAGGUCUUAUGGAUCUCUCCACAAAGAGCUUUUAAAUGAUUCCGUACUACAAAUCGAUUUAGAAGAUUUGCCCCAUGGCCGUCAUUUAGGUUUAUAUUCCACUAUAAUUUUAUUCAUAAGUAGGAUUAUUGGAUCAGGAAUCUGGGCUACACCUUCUAAUGUGUUUGCUGGUGUUGGUGGUAACCCUUUUUUGUUUUUCACAAUGUGGUUGAUUGCUGCAUUGAUGGCUUUUGCUGGAUUAUAUGCUUAUUUAGAAUUGGGUUCAAUAGUACCAAGAUCUGGCGGAACUAAAGUGUUUUUGGAAUUCAUUUAUCCAAGACCAAAACUGUUGAUUAGUGUUGUGUUUUCAUUAUUCACUUUAGCAUUUGGAAUAAGUUUGACUAAUUCUAUCGUGUUUGGGAAAUAUACCCUUUUUUCAUUAGGUUAUUCUUCUGAAUUCAUUGAUUCUUCAAAUUGGUCAAACUAUAUUGGGUUAAUUCUUAUCAUUGUCACAACUCUGAUUCAUGGAUUUUCCACUAAACAUGGUGUUUUUGUUCAAAAUGUCCUUGGUGCGAUGAAGUUGUUCUUAGUUGCAAUAAUGUCAUUAACUGGGAUUUAUGUCUUGUUCUUCCCAGAAAAACUAACAGGCUUACCAAACCAUUUGGAUAUGGAUAAAUUCUUCAAGUUUGACGAUUCUUCAAUAGUUACAGCAUCAAGUGUUUCAUCUUCACUAUUAGGUUGUUUCUUCACUUUUGGUGGAUGGAAUGCUGUUCACACAGUUUCUAGUGAAAUCAAAGAUCCUGUUCGUACUUUGAAAAUAGCGGGCCCAGUUUCUUUACUGAUUGCAUUCUUUAAUUUCAUAUUGAUUAAUAUUGCAUAUUUGAAAGUUAUCCCUCAUGAUGAAGUCAUUAAAGCUGGUCCUUUAAUCGGCUCUAUCCUUUUUGAAAGAGUUCUUGGUUAUAGAUUAGGAAGACAAUUCUUAACAAUCUCCAUUGCUUUGAGCUCAGCCUCUAAUGUUUUUGUUGUCGUCUAUUCAAUUUCAAGAAUGAAUCAAGAAAUCUUUAGGGAAGGUUAUUUACCAUUCAGUUCAAUUUUUGCCUCAAAUUUCAGACAUACAAACACACCGUUAUGGUCAUUAUUGGUUUGUUCAGUGCUAACCUCUUUUUGGUUGAUUUUACUACCAGCAAAUGGGAAAUCAUUCAACUAUAUUGUUAGUUUGGAAGGUUAUUCUACCCAAGUGUUUUUAUUAUUGAUAGCUAUCGGGAUAUUCAUUAUAAGAAAAAAGUAUCCAGAUCAAAAAGCUCCAAUCAGAGCAAGUAUAACAGGUACUGCAUUGAUUGUUGUGGUAUCGUUAUCUGUCUUAAUAAGUCCAUUCUUUAGCAAGAAUGAUAGUUCAAAUCCAACUUAUAUUUCUUAUCUACCUCCAUAUUAUAUUGCUUCUCCAUUUUUAUUAUCAUUGGGUUUAGCUUUUUGGGCAAUUAAGUUUAAAAUCUUGCCAUAUUUAGGAAGUUUUAAAUAUCAUAGAGAAAUUGAAACUCUUGAUGAUGGGUUGACGGUUAAAAAGUGGGUCAAGGUUCAUUAUUAG